GGGGGGUUCUUAGAACUCCUGCUUCGUUCACUCGGACCAGAAACACAGAAAUAUUCGGUAUUGUGGUGACGGACCGGGAGCGGCCAGGGGGAGUCCAGCUCGGAAGAUGCGCGUCCCGCUGCUCGUGUGCGUGUCGCUGUGUCUGUCUGCGGCAGCGGGCCCGGUGGCCGCGGCGGACCGGACCUGCGCCGACCUGCGCCAGCUCUACACCGGCAAAGGGUUCACGCUGGUGGACGUCCCGCAGACGGAGAUCUCCGGUGAACAUCUGAGGAUGUGUCCUCAGGGUCCAACGUGUUGUACAAGCACCAUGGAGGAAAACCUGGGCAGCCUCAGCGCCAAAGAGACCGAGGGACUGAUUAGAGAGGCCGGCAGGUCGCUGCAGGCUGCCUUCAACGCCCUCCACAGGGGCUUCGACACCUAUUUCACUGAGCUGCACGGCAACUCUGAGCGCUCCCUGGCGGAGGUUCUGUCUCCUCUCGGCCCUCUGUACUCCCAGAACACCCGUCUCUAUGGGGAUCUCUACGCCGACCUGCGGCAGUACUACCGGGGCUCCGCUCUCAACCUGGAUGAGACGCUGUCUGAGUUCUGGUCCCGCCUCCUGGAGCGCACCUUUAAAAUCUCCACUCUUUCGGAUGUGAGCCUGUCAGAAGACUACCUUGAUUGUGUUGCCAAGCAACAGGAGACGCUGCGGCCAUUUGGAGACGUCCCACGGGACAUGAAGGCGAAGCUGAUCCGGGCUUUUGUCACAGCGAGGUCGUUUGUCCAGGGGCUGAUCGUCAGCGGAGAGGUGGUCAGGAAGGUCUCACAGGUUCACCUGAGUCCAGAGUGCAUGAAGGCCCUGAUGAAGCUGGUCUACUGCCCCCACUGUCGCGGCAUGGCCUCAGUCAAACCCUGCUCCAACUACUGCUCCAACGUCAUGAAGGGCUGCCUGGCCAACCAAGCGGACCUGAACCCGGAGUGGCAGAAUCUGAUUGACACCAUGAUCCAGGUGGCCUCUAGUUUCAGCACGGAGCCCAGUCUCGAUGUGGUUCUGUCCUCCAUCCCCGCUCGAAUCUACGAGGCUGUUCACUUCCUGCAGGAAAACAUGGACACCUUCACAACAAGAGUGUACCAGACUUGCGGAACUCCAGGUGAACAAGGAACAGGAAGUCCUGCUCUUCAUGAGCAGAGGAAGAAGAGCAGCUCCCUGACCGCAUCCGGGUACAAACCCUCGCCAACCGCCGGGCUCCGAUUGGAGAUGCAGGUGUCGGAUCUGUCCAGUAAGUUGAGGGAGAUGCGGCAGUACUGGACCCAGCUCCCCGUGGCACUCUGCAGCAAAUUGGCAGCAGGAGGUGCCGGCCAGGAUAAAUGCUGGAACGGCAUCACCAAAGCCAGGUACCUUCCGGAGGUGAUGGGUGACGGCCUGGCCAAUCAGAUCAACAACCCAGAGGUGGAGCUGGACAUCACGAAGCCAGACAUGACCAUCCGGCAGCAGAUCAUGCAGCUCAAAAUCAUGAGCAACAGGCUGAAGAACGCGCUGGAUGGCAACGACGUGGACUUCCAGGAUGCAAGUGACGACAUCAGCGGCUCGGGAAGCGGGAUGUGCACAGGGGGCCAGUGUCCUCGGAACCGGCCGGGACUGUACGCCUUCUCGCCGGACAACAACCGGGUCAGGGGCGCUGCAGCCACUCCUCAAAGCCGCCUCUGCGGCCUCCUGCUCCCGCUCCCCGCCGCCGUCCUGCUGCUUCAGCGAUGAUGCACCGCCCCUGCCCCCCCCCCCCCCCCCCCGAUCCAACUCUAUAAAGUCUAGAGGAAGGCUGAACGACGGGACGGACCCAAAAUGGGGGUUCGGUUUGGGUGGGAAAGACUAGCACGUAACUUUGCCAAAAAAAAAAAAAAAAUGAAAUGAGGUGAUGGAGAAUGAAUGGACAGCAUUUUCUUUGAGCAAGAGGAUCGAAACUUGACAGUGACAGUUUUAAUCUCUGAGUGAGGGUGGGAUUCAGUUUGUUGAGCUGGUUUCAAUGGAUUGUUGGAAGAAGAUGGAGAUGAAGAAGGUGACGAAGACGGAGAGAACGAUGGCUGCAGGAUGAUGUUGAAGAUAAUAUUGAUUUAUUGAGACUCUUAUCAGGUCCUUUCAGCUCCAGUUUCCAGGCACAGCUCAGUGAAAAAUUUUAAAGUUCCCUCAUAUGUGGUGCGUUCAACAAGGCUUGUUUUUUUAAAGUUGAAUACCUUUCCAAACAUUGUGUAAGUUAUAAAUGUGUGUGUACAUUAGCUUAAAGACUGGCACCAUACUGAGCCAUGAAUGUACAGUGUAAUACUAUAUCGGCAAUGAAUCUCCUCAUAACCUGUGAUGUAGUCGUCCCAAAUGUUUCGGUGUGUGUUGGCAUAAACAGAUUCAUUCAUCGGGAUUCACUUCCAAAACAGAUAAACGCUGACGUUCCGGAAAUGUUCCAACAACGUUCCAACGAUUCGUCGCCUUUGUGAAAGACGCAAAGCAGUGUCGUGGCAGCACUGUUUGACAAGCACAGAUGGGCAGAUUCCAAGGAGUCCUUGUUGAACGCACACCUGCAUUAAAACACCUUUUAAACAAAGUCCGAGCAACACAGUGGCUCACACGCAGGAAGUCAAACCAAAGCACUUGUUACACUGAACCCCUUUUUUUAGUGACAACCCUCUCACGACGUUACAGAAGAGAGGAUGGCGGGAAACGUGCACGUCAUUGACGCCGCGUGCACGUUUGCCCGGUGAUGCGUCAUUUACUCGGCAUGCCUUUCACGCCGUCCACCCUGCUGCACCCGUGCAUGCGGGCCUCCUGAUUCGCUGGGGUUGUGUAUGAAGCAGAUUUUUUAUUCAUCCGUGUAUUAAAUCACACAUUUCAUUCAUUAAACUCUGUUUGAUUGUUGCAA